GGGAAAGUGGCCGAGAGGAAAAGCUUAAUUCACUCCUCAAAUGUUCACACAAGGAGAAGAGAGUGAACUAAACGACCAAACUUUUCUCCUGAACACUUCACACUGGCUAAAAUAGCUGUAGUCAGAGCUGUAUCAUGGAAGCUGAAGAGCACAUCUCUGAAAUCCAGCCUGCUCCAAUGGGUGCAGGUGACUUGAAGGCUGUGGAGGCUCUCGUGUCCAUGACUAAGCACUGGAAGAGGAGGAAUUUAUGCCCAGAAGAGCCCAGGCCCCUGAGUCCCCCCACAGAUGGCUCUGAGGAUGAAUUGGUCCUCUCUGGUUCUGCUGAGCUGCAGGAUUCUUCUUUUUGCAUGACACCACCAUACAGUCCACCCAACUUUGAGGCCAUCCAUCCAGCCUUAGUCUUGAAGCAACACCCCACAGAAGAGAUUACUCUGCACACGGCUGUAUCCCAGAAGUUCCAGUGCACCAGUGUAAUCCGGCACACUGCGGAUGGCCAACAUAUCUCCUGUAAGGCUCAACAACUCUCCCAGGAAGACAGACUCGCUGGUGCUCAUACAGAAGACUCCAAAACAAAUUUGAACUCUUAUAACAAACAGAUUGCCAGAGACUCUGAGAGGAAUGUUGCAACACAACAGGCAUACACUGAUAAACCACCCAAUUUAGAAGCCAGGCAGACCAAGAUAAGUCAGUUAAGCUCAGAUGAUAAUGCAAACAAACCUCAGUCUGUUCCAGCUGGUGUCUCUCUGGUUUCACAUGUGCCUUUCUACAACCGGAUUGUUCCUAUCUCUUUUCCGUCCCCUGCUGUUAUGCAAAACCCUGUCUUGGCCUCUGAGAGUCAGCCGCAACACCUUCAGCCUGCCCCUUUAGCAAUCCCCACCAUGCAUGUGUCACAUCAACAACACAAACAAGAAUAUGGAUUAGCACAACUACAAACAGCUUCUCCUGCACAGGUAUUCUUAGUAGGGGGCCAGGUGGCAAAAGGCCCUGUAAUGCUUCUCGUUUCUAAACCAUCUGUUCCUAAUCUUUGCGGUCAGCAAACACCGGCGACCUCUGGUGGCAGCAAGUUUGUGGCCAUUGCCCCUGCACCUGGACGUGCCCCAUCAGAACAAAGGUGCACCCCACCACAAACAGAAGUGUCCCGUGUACGUAGCCAUGUUUGUUCCCAUGAGAACUGCAACAAAACAUACUUCAAGAGCUCCCAUCUCAAGGCCCACAUGAGAACACAUACAGGUGAGAAACCCUAUAAAUGUAAAUGGGAAGGCUGUGCGAGGCAGUUCGCCCGAUCCGAUGAACUUUCACGGCAUCGUCGAACCCAUACAGGAGAGAAAAGGUUUGUCUGCCCUUUGUGCCUCAGCCGCUUCAUGCGUAGCGACCACCUGGCUAAGCACGCCCGACGACACCUGGUGGCGAGAAAAACACCCUGCUGGACUCUUGGGAUCACCCACCCCACUGACCUCACUGAAUUCACCACAAUCACACUGUCUUCCACAAACUCUCUAUGAAAUCAACUGAGAGUUGGGUUAUUUUCGGCUGAAUUUGCACAGAAAAUUGUGUUGAGUUUCUACAUGGCAGCAGUCGGCUGGUAUCAGAACUAAAAUGGUUUAUGUUCAACCACCAACCACUGUGUUGUAUAAAGUUUUGGAUUUUUACAAAUUAUAUUGUUUACUCUUUUUUGACCAAAGAAUGUUGAAUUUUGCAUUUUUAUUUUAAAACGUUUUGCACAAUGCUGUAUUCUUUCUGGGAACACUACAGUAUCAAUCAAACUGUAGCACAUGGCAUGUAUUAUUGCAGACAACUGUCCAAAUUUUAACUUUUUUGUACUUAGUUUUAGAUCCAGCUAUUUUUGCAAUUAGAGAUAUCUGAAUGUCUCAUUUGCUUGUCAUCUCUUAAUGGUUUGGAAGAAUUACCAUGUCCAACACUGGAGAUUUUUUUUUUAAAUAAAACACUUUAAAUCACAA